AUGGUGAAGAGCAAAUCACCCUAUGAGAAUCUUAGAUUACAGAGGAUAGAGGAAAAUAAAAAGAGGAUUGAAGAUCUCAAAUUCAAUCAUUUAGCAAUCAAUUUCAAGAACUCCUCUCCCAACUCCUCACAGGUGAAACAAUCAAAACCCAGGGUUUUGGUUCAGAAAAAAUUGGAGUUUGUUCAAGUAAGAAGGUCUAAUCGUUUAUCUGAUAAACCAGCUCCAGUAUACGAAGAGGUUUUUGUGUACGAAUACGCAAGGCGAAGAUCUAUCAAUGGAUUCUCUAAACCUAGAGCUAUUCCAUUAGGCGAUUUUCCUAUAGCAACUGAAAUUGAUAGAGAAAAUGCAACAACUAAAGCCGUAAAUGUAGAAAAAGAUAUUGGGGGUGAUGGGUUUCCUUGCUUUGUAAAACCCAUGCUUCAUUCUCAUGUUAACCGUGGGUUUUGGUUGGGUCUCCCUGCUUAUUUUUGCAGGAAAUACUUGCCGAAACGCGAUGAAACAAUUACUCUUGUCGAUGAAGUUGGGGAAGAGUUCCCAACUAAUUACCUUGCUCUGAAGAAUGGCUUAAGUGGUGGAUGGAUGGGAUUUGCACUAGCUCAUGAUCUAAUUGAUGGGGAUGCUUUAGUCUUUCAGUUAGUUGAACCUACAAAAUUCAAGAUUCGUAUAAUCCGGGCAAAUGGUUCACAGGAGGAAAGAAAUGGUGAAGAGUCUUCUUAG